GCGCUUUUACGCGAAAGAGAUGAGGUCGGAAUCCCGCGAGCCCACGUUUGGCAAAAACCCUUGACCGCGUUUACGCUGCUGGCUGCUGCCUGCCUGUAGCCUAUUUUCAUCGUUCUUCUUCUUUCUCCCAACUAUCUCCACCACUUUCUACUACUGUUACACUGCUAAAAUUUCACUACCUGAGGCAUUUCUCUUAUACUAGUAUAGGAACCAAUGGUGAGCAAGAGGCAGAAAUUGGCCCGCAAGCGAUUUAAAGAAGAGCACCCUGGGCUCUUCCCAAAGCCAGACCCAACGCCUCCCAAAGACCCAACCAAGAAGAAGAAAAAGUUAUCCAAAUUCAAGAGGAAAAAAAGGGUUUCCAAUGACCCAAGUAAUCCCAAGAAAUCCCUUAAGGGGAAAAAGCACCCACUUAGAAUUCCAGGUAUGAAGCCUGGCGACAGCUGCUUCAUAUGCAAAGCACCCGACCACAUUGCCAAGGACUGCCCUCAGAAAGCUCAGUGGGAAAAGAAUAAGAUAUGUUUGUUAUGUCGGCAACGGGGUCACAGUCUUAAAAAUUGCUCGAAGCAGAAGGACGAUUCCACCGAUAACAAGUUCUGUUAUAAUUGUGGGCAGACGGGGCAUUCUCUUGCUAAGUGUCCACAGCCUCUUCAAGAUGGAGGAACACGAUUUGCCAAUUGCUUUAUUUGUAAUGAACAAGGGCACUUGAGUAAGAACUGUCCACAAAAUUCCCGUGGAAUUUACCCAAAGGGUGGCAGUUGUAAAAUCUGUGGUGGUGUCACACAUCUGGCUAAAGAUUGUCCUAAUAAAAGCAGCAAAGCUUCUAAUGCAGUUGGAGUAGCUGGCAAAGCACGUAAGUUGUAUUUGUUUAUCAGCGGUGAUGAUCUUGAAGAUGACUUCAUGGCAGGGGAACAGGCGAAUGCUACAUCUGGAAUGGCUGUGGAAGAUGAGUGUAAGCUGAAGUUUUUGGAGUUAAAAGCCAAGAGAAACUAUCGUUUUAUUAUUUUCAAGAUUGAGGGUCAACAGGUGGUGGUGGAGAAGCUUGGGAGUCCCGAAGAAAGUUAUGACGAUUUCACUGCUUCUCUGCCUGCCGAUGAGUGUCGCUAUGCUGUGUUUGAUUUCGAUUUCAUCACCGACGAGAACUGCCAGAAAAGCAAGAUUUUCUUCAUUGCUUGGUCCCCAGACACAUCGAAGGUGAGAAUGAAGAUGGUUUAUGCGAGCUCAAAGGAUAGAUUCAAGAGGGAAUUGGAUGGGAUUCAAGUGGAAUUGCAGGCAACAGAUCCUAGUGAGAUGAGCUUUGACAUUAUAAAAGGACGAGCACUCUGAAUAUAUCACCUUCACUUGAUCGCCAUCACGGAGACUCGGACUCUUUUUCUAGUACUAUAAUUCCCAAGCAAUGCUAUCGAUUCGUCUUCCCUUUUUUUUUCUUUCUGUUCUUAUUUUUGUUUUGGUUCCCUCAAUUCAAAACUAAAACGUGUAGUGUAAUGUAAUAUUAUUGCAACCA